UGGGUGCUGAGAAUCAAACCCAGGGCUUUUGAAGAGCAGUCAGUGCUCUUAACCAUUGAGCCACCUCUCCAAUGUCUUUGUUUGUUUUUGGUAUUUGCUGUUAAGAUUUUAUGUUUUGCUUAUAUUCAUGUUCACCACUGUAUGAGCCCUUGGAGGUCAGAAGAGGGGGUUGGAUCUCCUGUGACUGGGGUUAUAGAUGUUUGUGAACCACUAUGUGAGUACUGGUACUGAACCAAGGUCCUCUUUGAGAGCAACAAGUGCUUUUAACCACCAAGCCAUCUCUCCAGCCCCAGGCAUAGUAUGCUUUUUUGUUGUUAUUGUUGUUUUUUAGGCAUAAUGUUUUGAUAUCUUUUACUGAAGCAGAGCAUAGUGAGAGUCUGAAGCGGUUUGAUGACAAAACUUCUCUAUUUUCUGUUUUUUGUUUGUUUUUUAGACACAGGGUUUCUGUAUAGCCCUGGCUGUACUAGAAAUAGCUCUGGAGACCAGGUUGGCCUCAAACUCACAGAGAUCUACCUGCCUCUGCCUCCCAUGCUGGGAUUAAAGGUAUGUGCCACCAACGCCUGGAAAGCUUUUCUCUUUGGCUACACUGUAAUGGAUCAGAGUAUGGUGGGAGGAAGAUAUCCUAAGAAACUGAUGAAAACAGCCCUGAAGAGAGAUAUUAAGGAUGUGAAAAAGUGGGUGGGUUUGGGGAACAAUAUAGAAAUGGAUCCACAGUCAGGACCAGAAAGAGAUAUAGUUGUAGUUGGGUGCUAAACACAGGCAGCACACAAUUGGAAGAUGCACAUUCAGGGUUCAAACUCCAGUUCUGCUAUGUCUGGCAAGUUAGCCCCUCAGCCAUGGUUUGGGUAAGCAUGGUUAUUGCAACUGUUAAAGACUGCACAACGACAAGCAAAUGGUACAUGUAGGUUUCUCUCCCAGCCUCCCUCUAUCCUAGGACCCAGAUAGGGACAAUGUCCCCUGCCAUUGCACUGGCAUUCCUGCCACUUGUGGUGACCCUGCUGGUGAGAUACCGGCACCAUUUCCGACUGCUGGUGCGUACAGUCCUGCUGAGAAGCUUCAGGGACUGCCUGUCAGGACUUCGAAUUGAGGAACGGGCCUUCAGCUACGUGCUCACCCAUGCCCUGCCUGGAGAUCCUGGUCACAUCCUCACCACUCUAGACCAUUGGAGCAGCUGCUGCGAGUACUUGAACCACAUGGGCCCUGUUAAAGGUCAGAUUCUGAUGCGGCUGGUAGAAGAGAAGGCCCCUGCUUGUGUGCUGGAGCUGGGCACCUACUGCGGAUACUCUACACUGCUUAUUGCACGUGCUUUGCCCCCUGGGAGUCGGCUUCUCACUGUAGAGCGUGACCCUCGUACUGCAGCAGUGGCUGAAAAACUCAUCCGGUUGGCUGGCUUUGAUGAACAAAUGGUGGAGCUCAUUGUGGGCAGCUCAGAGGAAGUGAUCCCGCGCCUAAGAGCUCAGCACCAGCUGAAUCGGGCAGAUCUGGUGCUCUUGGCACAUCGACCUCGGUAUUACUUAAGGGAUCUGCAGCUACUGGAGGCCCAUGCUCUGCUCCCAAAAGAUGCCACUGUAUUGGCUGACCAUGUGCUUUUUCCUGGUGCACCCCGCUUCCUACAAUACACCAAGAGUUGUGGCCGCUAUCGAUGCCGCCUCCACCACACCAGCCUCCCAGACUUCCCUGCCAUCAAGGAUGGCAUAGCCCAACUCACCUAUUCUGGACCUGGCUGAGAUCCAGGACCUAGGAUAGUUACUGAUACAAUCCCAACCCUACUCAAGCAAGGACCUCAGAAUAUCCCCUUCCCCUUUCUGUUUAGUGUCGAACACAAGCUAGGUUCAGCCUAGGAAGGCUUUCUUCUCAACUUUGCCUGCCCCCAACCUCCAUACCAAUUCAAAGUGUCAAAUUCUAUCAGCCUUCUUGGUCCUACAAGAUCCCCUUCUAGAAAACCAGGGACUGGAAGCAAGAGGCCUGAGCCCUCAGCCUAGUUCUGUUAUUGAUUGCUCCCUCCAGGUGAGUCCUUCCUUCUUCUGAGAUUCAGUCUACACUAAGGGGCUGGAAAGAUGGCUCAGCAGUUCUGAGCACUGGCUGCUACUCCCUAUCUAAAGGACUUGGGUUCAGUUCCCAGCACUCAGCACUCACAUGGCACAGGCACACAUGUGAUAUACAUACAUACAUACAGACAGACAGACAGACAAAAAUCUCUAAGCAUAAAACAAAAACACAGCUGGCUGGCAGAGCUCCAGAGGCUCCCAGUUGUGAAACUCCCACAGAUUCUGGAUGGGAUCAGAGGCAGCUGCAGACAAUGAGGCCCUGUAGUGCAUCUGGUACAAGCUAGGCCACAGGAAUUACCAAUCACAGAAGCCUGGGCUCCAAUUCUGGCCCACAUGGUCCAUUAGGUUUGCUUAAGAUCCCUUAAA